AUCAAAGAAGAAAAGAUCAAAAUCGUAUCGAAAAAUUAAUGGAGAUGAAAUAUUUUAUGAUGAUAGUAUUGUUUUUUGGAGUAAUGGUGCAAGAAGGAAUGAGUCAAAAUAGGGAUUCAUCAUGUAUGAGCAAAUUACUCCCAUGUAUGAAUUAUUUAAAUGGAGCAAAAGGGGAUCCACCACAAAGUUGUUGCAAUCCAUUAAAAGAAGUAAUUAGAAAAAUGCCUGAAUGUUUAUGUCAAAUGGUAAGUGUUAAAGGGAGUAAAGCAGCAGAACAAGCUGGGAUUGAUGUUAAUGAGGCACAAAUGUUGCCUGCUAAAUGUGGGCAGCCUGUUAAUUAUAUGGGGUGUCUUAAAGGUGCAUCAAAUUCUGCUGGAAACUCAGUGGGGAUCACUAUAAGCAUGACAGUAUUGUUAGCAGUUGCUUCUCUGAUUUCAUUUCAAUUUUUGUGAUAAUCAUCAUUAUAUUAUUACCUUUUUGUAUUAAUUGUUGAAUAUUGAAUUAAUUUUGGUGUUAUAUUAUUAUCUCCCUUGUAUGAUCUAUC